AUGUCGACUCAGCCGCAGAACGCAUUGUCCCGAGUUGGGAAGCUUAUUAGUGUGGUGCCCGUUGGAUUGAAAGAGGCUGCUCUCGAUUCCCCGACUUUCCGGGCCACCACACUUCAUUUCUCUGAGCAAAUCGAAUACCUCGAAAGAUGGCUGGAUGGCUAUGCAAAGGCUGCUUCCAAGCUCGUCACGGAGCUUGCGACCAUGGAAAAUGUGAUGAAUAGCUUUCUGGCGUAUUCUUCGAACCCUCCUAUCGUCUCCGAAGCUGUCCUCGACCAUGAUUACACCUUACAGGCCAUGAGCAGGUGUGGUGAGAGCUCGAAAGAUCUGUGGAAUGGUUUAAUGGCCACUGCGAAGAAAAUGGAAUCGCUUAUAUCAGAGCCUAUAAGAGUCUUCAUCCAUGAUGAUUUACGGAGCUUUAAGGAGACUCGUCGCACCCUCGAACAAGCGCAAAAGCAGUACGAUUACCUUCUAUCUAGAUAUGCUUCGCAGUCCAAAUCAAAAGAACCUUCAUCCCUGAGAGAAGAUGCUUUCCAGCUUCACGAAGCCCGCAAAGCCUACCUGAAAGCGUCAAUGGAUUUUUCAGUGCAAGCACCACAAAUACGAAACUCGCUCGAUCGACUGUUGGUCCGAGUUUCCUUCGACCAGUGGAGGGAAUUUAAGGCCCUCCAUAAUGACAAUGGUGCAUCGUUUGCCAAAUGGGGCCAAGAGAUGGAUCGCAUAAAAGGUUGGAUCCAUGAAAUGGAGGGCAGCGAGAAGUUCUCAAAGCGUGAGCUCGUUUCCGCCAGAAAGCAUAUUGAAGACGCUGCAGAGCUGGCUGCCAGGCCGUCUCGAGAGCUGGAAGACUACUCAGUAUCCACCGUUCCAUAUCUAGGGUCUCGCCCUCUGUCGGACCUGAACAUGCCCAAGGAAGCACGGCCCGAGAAGCAAGGCUGGGUUUAUCUGCGAACAUUGUCAGGCAAACCAACACGUACUGUUUGGGUGAGACGUUGGGCCUUUUUGAAGAACGGAAUCUUUGGUUGCCUCGUGCAGGGUUCUCGAACUGGCGGAGUUGAAGAAAGUGAGCGUAUAGGCGUGCUAUUGUGCAGUAUACGGCCUGCUUUCCAGGAGGAACGAAGGUUCUGCUUCGAAGUGAAGACCAAGAGCAACACCAUAGUAUUGCAGGCCGAGACUCAGAAAGAGCUCACGGAAUGGAUUGCUGCUUUUGAGGCAGCUAAACGAAAAGCACUGGAAAACCCGACAAGCACCGACAUCUCGGUUUCCGGAAAGGUUACUGUGCAAGAUCCAGCCUUUGCAAUCUCUCAGCCUCCAGCACCUGAAUUUGCUGCUGAUCCGGCCGACUCGCUCACGCCGCACGCAAAUGAUGAGCAUGGACCGUCGGAUCGUAGCGGAGGGUUAUCUGUUCCAGAGCGGGACGCAUCAGCCUUCCGAAACAGCAGCGAUCUCGGCAGCCCCCGGCGCAUGACAGGAUUGGAUUCCGAGAGUUCUGCGCGAGAACAUACUUCCAGACUCAUCCAGAAAUUGGAUCUUCACCGCAAGUCCAACAAUAAUGCCGUCCCACCAUCUAUAUCUCUACCCGGUGCAGGUGGUGGUAUCGCAGGCCUGAUCUCCGCCAGCCAUAACGCGUUAGGGCACAGCAACGGUCUAUCCGUGGGCGGGACUGAUGCUGAAGGGAACAGAAGUCGCAGUUUGACGAACCGGAGCCUUCCUCCUACCACACUCGCGCCUUCCACCUUGGCGAAUCCACCCGCCCCUACCAGUAUGAGCAAGGCGGCUGUAAUCGUCAGCAAUGAACGAGGUAUUGGUUUGGGGCAAGCCGACAAGACAGGUGGGAUGCCUAGCGGUAUGAUGGCCAACCUGUGGGGUAGUUCCAACUGGGGCUUCAUGAACAGACUCGAACGCGAACGUGAUGCUCAGCUUGCAGGGGCCGGCCAGGAAGCUUCUGUCGGACAACAACCAUCAACUCCGGCAACUGAUUCGUCAAAGCCACCGCAAUCAUCUGAUGUAGAUUUGACCAACGGCACCUCAGCACCCAAGCAGCAGAUGUCUGGGCCUCGCCAUAGGCAAACCGUUAGUCUUGACGGCGAUGCGUCCAAGGUGCAGAGGGCAAUUCUGGGUAUUUCGCAUGAGUAUCCCAGUUACUACCCCGAGCAACUUCGGCCUCAGGAUGCACAAUUUCGCCUGCUCUUUCCCGACGUCAAAAGAGAGGAGCCUUUGGUCAUGGUCUUCCGAGCCACAUGGAAUCCCAACGAUCAGCAAGAAUUUCCUGGAAGAGCAUACGUUACGACUCGCAGCAUAUAUUUUUACAGUCAUUAUUUUGGAUUAGUUUUAACCACAGAUGUCCCGCUGGAAAGCAUCAAGGAAGUGACUGCUGCACCUGGCAGAGACUGCGAUUUCUUAUUUCUCCAUACUAUCCCGCCUCUUGGUGAGGAUACUCCGGGACGAAUCACGGUGAAAACUUUCCUUGAGCCCCUAAGACUUCUUCAAAGACGCCUGAAUUUCUUGAUUCAAGAUUCAACCGCCGUGGAGCCCAUGGGGUUGGAAGCAAUUUUCAAGGCUCUGAUCAAGAUGGAGACCGACACGAGGAACCGUAGCCCUAGCCUGAACAGCUGGGAAGAUGCGGCCGUUUCGGAUGACAAGAACGGUAUUGAAGACGACAACAUUGCUGCCGGACAGCAAAAAGAUAUCCGCCGACCGAUUUACAUUGAUUAUGACUUGGAUCCGCAUUCAAAGUAUGGCAAGCACGGCAAAAAUGCGCCAAAGUUCCGCUUGCCAACUCAACCUGUUCAAUAUGUUCCCCAAGGCAACCUCCACCUUGCUGCAGAGAAGAUAUUCGAUAUUAGUCCGAAGGCGAUAUUCCAUAUCCUUUUCGGUGACAAGAGUGCUGUUUGGCAACUCCUUUUGCACGAAAGAAGAUCGCGAGAUAUUAAACAGGGGCCCUGGAUCAGAAACGAAUCUCGCCAUUUGCGACGUGACUUUGAAUAUCAUAUCGAGACAACUGACUUGCUUGGGCGCACUCAGGACAAGAUGAUUUCCGAUUACCAGAUCAUUGAUGUUCUCAAUGAUCACUUGUGCUACGUAGUGACUGACAAGCGGACUCCGUGGCACCUUCCUUUUAAGCGCUCGUUCAGGUUGGUGAGCAAGAUUGUGAUUACAUUCGUCGCGAAGGGGAAAAGCAAGCUUGCUGUAUACACGAAAGUGGAGUGGCUCGGGUCUCCUCAUGGCCUCCAGAGAAUCAUCGAGAAGCAAGCAACAGGUGACUUAGAGCAAGACGCGCUGGACCUCGUUGAUCUUGUCAGCGAUCAGGUGCGAAAAUUGGGCUUCCACAGCCGAACAAAAAAAGCCAUCACCAUUUUCGGUCACAUCGGACGCCAACAACUUACAUCUCAGUUUUCGUCCAGCGAAUCAGUUCUGAAACUUGAACCUCGAAAGCCUCGGCGUCAGAGGACCUUAACCCAACUGUUAUUCGAGAUGCUUCUUUCCUUCCUGGAGAGCGCCGUUUCGUCCAUAAUCAUGUGGACUUUUGCCUUCCUUCGCUGGACCUGGAAAACCACGAAUGCAAACAUGGUCAUUCUAGCCCUGCUGAUCUCCAGCGCUUUAAUGAACGGACUCUUCACUUCUCGGUACACUUAUGACUGGUGGCAUGAGAGGAAUGUGGGAAACUUCAUGGCUCGCCUUGGGGUCGGUCCCAACCAUGUGAUGAGCAAAGCCAUCUAUAUGAGGGAUAUCGACGAGGUCAUUGCUAAUGCCACUGUCGGCCAGUCUAGCAACAACAUGAGUAGAUGUUUCUCUACGUUCUACCAGCAGACAGUGAGCGACCAGGGAACAGUCCUUUCCUUUGGCGCUUCCGGCCCUCGAGACUCAGUGACGCGGAGCGCAGCCAGACGGAUCCAUCAAACCCGCGAGCGACUCGCUAUGUAUAGACACAACUUGUUAGUGGCGCUCCGGGUAGUAAACAGCAUUGAAAGAGAGGUCAUCCAAGGCGAGUGGGAACGAUGGCUCCGGCAGGAACUGAGACGCUGUCACCAAGUGGAGAAACUUCUUGGAAAGAACAAGGAGGAUGACGGAGUCAAUAUGCAGGUUGACCAAGCAAGUCAAACUGUUUUUGCCGAUCUCGCGGGUGACGUUCAGCAGUGGUACGAUAAAUACUGUACCAGUUGCCAGAUGGAACAGGAGCAGCUUGAGAGGAGCGGUGUUGUAUAUGGUAUUUAA